UGAAAUCCGACUUGAGCGUUGACGGUCUGUCACAUUUCACGCUGACACCAAGCGAACACUGGGCGCAUACACACACAUCCACAUAUACUCACAGGCAGGGCUCACCAUAUUAUCGACAGAUCCGAGUCAGGAGUACAGUCGAGGAGAGCACAUUGAAGUGACUGAAAGCUUCUUCUGUGAGAGGAAACGAGAGAAAAGGGGACCGAAAAAAAGAAAAGAAACGGAGGAAAUCCCCCGAAAGGAAAUGCCAAUCGCAGCCGCUGGACAGCCAACGACUCAGGAGCCUCGAGUUUGCCCCCGGCUGCCCUCCACCCCGGAGCCUGUCCCUAAAGGGGCUGAUUUAUUCGACGAGGCGGGGGCGGCGGAGUCGGCGGAGCGAACAGAGUACGGGGGCGCGGAGGGGGGCAGAGGACUCGGGGGCUAUAGUUACAGCCAGAGCGGCGCUAGGGGCUUUUUACAGCCCGGAUCCAUCAACGGCUCUCCGCCGCAGUCCCCAGCCGCGUCCUCCUCUUUUCUCUUCCACCCCCUUCACCCCCACCAAAUGGCCAUGGAGCCCCCAAGGACUCGAUCGCGUUCUCGGUCUGGAUAUUACCAGCAGUACGGUGGUGCGAAUGGCAACGGAAUUACCGGCAGCGGAGUCAUGGGAUCUAACCAUCACCACCACCACCUCCACCACCAUCAGCAGCAGCAGCAACUACAUCCACAGCAGCAGCACGGUGCCGGUUGCGCACCACUUGGAGCUCACAGCAUCCACUCGGAGAACCAGCCGCGAGCCCCGGGAAGUAACGCCUCUCCCGGCAUUCAGAGGCUGUCAGCGGCUCCCGGAGCGCACCGCGUCCCGGCGGCAGGAGCCUCUGGCGGGUCCUACCACUGCCACCCAGACCUUACAUACGGAGAGGAAAGCGAUAAGAGUGAGGAAAGCCCCAGUCCAAAGCGCCAGAGGCUGUCCAGUCAAUCUGUUUUGGAACAGCUAACCUCAUCCGCCCCCCCUCCGUCCACCCCAUCUCCCCCCAUCCGGCCCUGGGAGUCAGGACCCCCAAGUCGGAGACAGCCUCACCCCCACACACACUACCACCAGGAGAGAUGCCUCACUCCUGCUCGGCACAGACGCAGCCCACCAGCGAGGCGUCAGCGUGGCCGUCUCUCCAGACCUGCCCGUCACAUCCCUCCCCAUCACUACCCCUCCACCCAGGGCCCCACACCUCGCCUGUCGCCAUCAGAGCUCCAGGAUGAAAACUACCACCGCAACCCACAUCCCUCCACACACCAAACGUACCCAACACACACACCCAGCGCCUACGGCCAGCCUCCCACAGCCGGUGGUGGCGCAGCAGGUUUGGAGGAGCCCCGAGCUUUCCACCCCCCCACCUUGUCGCCGCGACUACUGCACCCGGCUGCUCACCACCACCACCAUCACCAUCAUCAUCAGCAACAGCAUCACGUGACGCAACAGCAGCAGGGAGCCAUGGUCAUGGACUUGCACGAACAGUUACAGCAGGCUAGUGUACCAGUCUCCUACACAGUGACCCCAGUCCCUCCACAUGGUCUUGCAGGGCCUUUGUGUAGUGGCCAGCACCUUCCCCCUACCUGUUCCUCACAACAACAAGUCCCUGCCUGCAGCGUGGUCUUUAGCACUGGACAACACUACCACCCGAUGCUUCAGGCAUGUUCAAUGCAACAUUUGCCAGUGCCCUACGCCUUUCCCUCACUGCUGUCCAGUGACCCUCAGUUCCUGCUUCCCCAUCCACCUCACCUCUCUCACCACCCGCCCCACCUCCCCACACCAGGACAGUUCCUGCCCUUUCAGACGCAACAGCCACGAUCGCCUUUACAGAGGAUCGAAAAUGAGGUUGAGCUUCUGGGAGAACAGCUGUCAGUAGGUGGAGGCUUCAGCUACGCCCACCAUCACCACCACCAUCACCACCAGCCUCCCUCCACCCUGCCACCCUCCACACCACUCCAGUUCCUCUCCCACCAUGACCCUCUGUCGCAGGAGCUCUUUACCGUGCCCUAUCCCCACUUUAUGCCUCGCCGAUUCACAAGCCGGCGUUACCGCUCUCAGCAGGCUGUACCUCCGUCCCCCUACCACCCCAGCUUCCUGCCUUACUUCCUCUCCAUGCUUCCUGUGCCCCCGAAUGUGGCCCCCACUAUCAGUCUAGAGCUUGAUGUGGACGACGGAGAAGUGGAGAACUAUGAGGCCCUAUUGAAUCUGGCAGAACGUCUGGGAGAAGCCAAGCCCCGCGGUCUAACUAAAGCAGAUAUUGAACAGCUUCCAUCGUACAGGUUCAAUCCCAACAACCAUCAGUCUGAGCAAACACUGUGUGUGGUAUGUAUGUGUGACUUCGAGUCUCGCCAGGUCCUAAGGGUCUUGCCGUGUAAUCAUGAGUUCCACACCAAGUGUGUCGACAAGUGGCUUAAGGCUAACCGAACCUGUCCCAUCUGUCGAGCCGAUGCCUCAGAGGUCCAGCGGGAUUCUGAGUGACCUCACAGCAGCACCCGACACCCACAGUCCCAGACAACCUUAUGGAUGCACCAACCGACCAGUGAACAAUUUCCAUCGUACGCCUCCGCUCACACAUUCUGCCACAUAAUUGGGACCAGUGCUCCUUAUUCCCUCACGGUUUAAUCACCCAUGACACUUAACAGUAAUUUUCACCUGGGAACAGCAGCUUUCUACUGACUCAUGCUCACUUUAUCGCUGGACUUCCUAGGCCUUCUGUUUUGGACUAUUACGCUCCUACUACCCUGCCUUCUGCUCAUGGUUACUCCUUACUAUGAAUGGCCUUUGAAACACAUAAAGUGUCAUGUGCAGGUGGACAUGUAGAUGUAUAUUUCUUUUAAAAGUCCUUCCAAACUGAUACGACCCGUUCAGUCUUGUAGGUGAUGGACAGAGUAAAAAGACUUCCGUAUACAAACAUUUAGGGAGAUUUGUCAACCCAAAGAUUCUGCUAACGUUGUUGUUAUUAUUCUGGCCAUUUUUACGAGGCUCAUUAUAAUUGCGGUUGAACAUUUUAAUUUCCAUUUGUUUAUCUUUGCAUUGAGCAUGAGAGCAGUCUGUAUGGGGUGAAACAAAGAUACUGUACACUGUGUGUCCAAGAGUGAGCUACUUUGGAACAGUGAAAAAUAUACUUUAUUUUCUCUAUAUGUGUGUUUGUAUGCAAAUGUGUGUGUGUGUGUGUGUGUGUGUUACUCCUCCUGUGGUAUUUAUACAGUUCAUGUGGUACAGUGCAUUGACUCCCUUGACCUUUAUCCUACUUUUUUAACAUUUACACUCACUGGAGAUCGAGGGUUACUUCAGACCUUAUAUAGCCAAAAUUUGUUCAAAAAGCAAAUCGUAAAAUCAAAGUGUAGGACCAAGAACACCUCCAGGGAAGUCAACAAUGCUUUUGUGUCAUGAUCAUGCUUUACAUUGAUUGAUUCCAUCACUCCAUGUCUGCCCGUCUGUGUUGUUCUCGUCUUAAACUAGUAACGCUUGGAAGCUUUUUGAAAGACAGUUUCUUUGUGAUACGUCCAAACCUAAAGGAAACUGAUCAGGAAUAUUUAUGUUUCUCAACAUAUCCACUGAGCUCACCCCAAGGCACAUCUUGUGAAUACAGUUGAAUCCAACAGAUCUGACAAUGUGGAUGCAAAUAAAUGGAUUACAAAUGUCCCCGAAACAUUCAUACAUGCUCAGUUUGCUAGCUUUCCUCUGAGAAUGAGGCCUUUGGAAACAUGUGUCUAUAUCUGUCUUGGUACCUAAGCAGCGUUCUGCAAGUGUUGACAGAUAUAGAUGCUAUGUUUUGCCCCCCAUUGAUGAGGAGCAAGUUGGAAGGGACUUGCAAGGUCACAGCUAAAUCUACUGUUUCACCACACUGUGGAUUUGACACUUGAGCACUUUAAUAAGUAGAUUUAAGACCUACAUGCUUUUUUUUUUCAUUCUGAACGAACCACUGAUCAGUUUCCAACAGCCCAUGUGUGUCGGAUAACAAACAUUAGAAUGCAUUAAAACCACAAACAGUUCCAUUUCAACUUCCAGUAGCUACAGUGUUCCCAUAUGUCGAAUUUUUAUAUUCUUCUCACUGCACAUCUUUUCGUUUCCAGAGGUUUGGGGGCUCUGUUUGGUGAUGAUGAUAAUAAUAUAUCUCUGUAAGGUCUAUGUCAGCAUGUGAUAAUGUAACUCAGAGAUGUUCACCUCAUACACAGAGCAGGCUAUCUAAUGGAAUUUAUCACUAUUUAUCACAAUUGGUGUUUUGUGUCAAGAUAAAAAUCUAACAUAGGCCUUAUAGAGAUCGCAGAGACAAAAGUUUGGUUUGAAAAGUUCUGCCAGGCACCCACAGUGUCUUGCAUCUGAGAUGCCUUUAAUACACCUUCUUUUUCUCCAGGUACAAUUCGUAUCUGUCCAGUGUCACCACAUCAGACCAAGACAUUUGUUUAAACCUGAUUUUUGCAACAGUGUAUCAGUGUCCAGAGGGUUUAGUUGACCUUCUAUUUUUUGUCCGUGUAUAAAAUCAUAUAAUACCCAUGGGAAUGGAGGGAAAUUAUAUUUUCUGUCAUCUUUUUUCUUUGGGGUCAAAGGUCAUAAAUGUGACUGUAUGCAUCCAUUUUGUGUCUUAGGAUUGUAUUAUGUUGGACAGUUUUUUGUUGCUUGGUACACUAGCAAUUACCUCAGUCCCACUAUUUAUGUCUUUUCAGAAAAAGGCGCAACCAGUAUGAUUAGUGCUUAUGGAUUUAUUUCGCUAAUCUUCUCCAUGCAAGUUGUUGGGUUGUUUGAACAUUUUUUCCUUUUAAACUCUAUGAAACUCUGUCAUUAAAAUGGUGUCAUAGUAGUUUCAUUAUGUAUUAUAUCUGUAACCAAAAUCAUUUGAAGGCCUGGUAUGACGAUAAUGAAAUUUUUAACAAACAUUUGUACAUUUUGUAUGAGAGUUAUUACUAGUAAUACUUUAUUAAGUAGUGCAAUGAUUUUUUUAAUCCCUUACCCCGUCUUUUGGAUUUCAAAAGCUGGUUCAAUAAUAAAUGUAUAACAUCCUCUUCUAAGA